AUGGCGCGAAAAUAUCCCAAAUCUGACUUUGUAGGAAUAGAUUUCUCGCCAAUUUUUCCAACAGAAGGAUUUCCUGGGAAUAUAAAAUUCGUUAAUUCUAAUUUCCUAGAUGGUCCAACUUUCGACGACUCUUAUUUUGAUUUUACACACCAAAAGUUUAUGUCUGUAUCUUUUACAGAACAACAAUGGGAAAAACAAGUUAUUCCUGAACUCUUACGAAUAACCAAACCAGGUGGAUGGAUUGAAAUUGUGGAAGCUGAUAUUAUUGUAUCUACUGGAAAGGUUACGCAACGUCUUAUGAAUGGCGUGAGGGAAUGCUUUAAAUCAAAAGGGUUGAAUAUCCAAGUUGGCGAAUCUAUUAUUCCUCAAAUUAUAGAGAACACCAAUGCUUUCUCAGAAAUUAAAAAAAAGAAGAAAUCUAUUCCUCUAGGUAAAAAGGGUGGUAAAUCUGGUCAAGAGACCCUAAAAUUUUACACAAGAGCCUACGACUCUGCUAGGAUGCUUCUGUCUUCGUCUAUGAAUAUUACGCCUGAACAUUUUGACGCUCUCGUAGAAACUGUCUCUAUUGAAGCAGACAAAUUUUAUUCAUAUACUAAUCAUUAUCGUAUUUACGGUCAGAAACGUUAA